GCCCGGGCUGACCGCGGGCGGCGGGCGGAUGGCGGGCGGCGCGGGCUGGGCGGGCGCCCCCGCGGCCCUGCUGCGCUCGGUGCGCCGCCUGCGCCAGGUGUUCGAGGUGUGCGGCCGCGACCCCGACGGCCUCCUGCGCGUGGAGCGCGUGGCGGCGCUCGGCCUGCGCUUCGGCCAGGGAGACGAGGUGGAAAAACUGGUGAAGUAUUUGGAUCCCAACGACCUGGGGAGAAUCAAUUUCAAGGACUUUUGCCGGGGAGUGUUCGCCAUGAAAGGCUGCGAGGAGCUGCUGAGGGACGUGCUGUCCAUGGAGAGCGUGGGGACGCCGCCCUGCGCCCCGGAGGUCCCAGACUGCGCGGAGCAGGGCAGCGAGGCGCCAGGCCCCACCUUCACCGAUGGCGAGGUCCUGCCCAGGGAGCCCGGCUUCUUUCCUGAGGAGGAGGAGGAGGCGAUGAUGCUGGCCCCGCCCGAGGGCCCCCCCGAGUCAGACAGGGACAGCCCCAUGGAGAGCACCCAGAGCCUGGAGGGGUCCGUGGGGAGCCCUGCCGAGGAGAAGGACGGGGGCCUCGGGGGCCUGCUCCUGCCCGAGGACAAGUCCCUGGGCCACACCCCCUCCAUGACGACGUCAGACCUCUCCACGCACUCCACCACCUCGCUCAUCAGCAACGAGGAGCAGUUCGAAGACUACGGGGAGGGGGACGACGUGGACUGUGCUCCCAGCAGCCCCUGCCCGGACGACGAGACCAGGACCAACGUGUACUCGGACCUGGGGUCCUCGGUGUCUUCCAGUGCUGGGCAGACGCCCCGGAAAAUGCGGCACAUGUACAACAGCGAGCUGCUGGAUGUCUACUGCUCUCAGUGCUGCAAGAAAAUCAACCUGCUCAACGACUUGGAAGCCCGGCUGAAAAACCUGAAGGCCAACAGCCCCAACCGAAAGAUCUCCAGCACUGCGUUCGGACGGCAGCUCAUGCACAGCAGCAACUUCAGCAGCAGCAACGGCAGCACCGAGGACCUGUUCCGGGACAGCAUUGACUCCUGUGACAAUGACAUCACGGAGAAGGUGAGCUUCCUGGAAAAAAAGGUGACCGAACUGGAGAACGACAGCCUGACCAACGGGGACCUGAAGAGCAAGCUGAAGCAGGAGAACACGCAGCUGGUGCACAGGGUGCACGAGCUGGAGGAGAUGGUGAAGGAUCAGGAGACCACGGCCGAGCAGGCCCUGGAGGAGGAGGCGCGGCGACACCGCGAGGCCUACGGCAAGCUGGAGAGGGAGCGGAGCACGGAGAUCGAGCUGCUCCACACCAGGGUGCAGCAGUUAGAGGAGGAGAACACAGAGCUCAGGACGACAGUGACGCGGCUCAAGUCGCAAACGGAGAAGCUGGACGAGGAGCGGCAGCGCAUGUCGGACCGGCUGGAGGACACCAGCCUGCGGCUCAAGGACGAGAUGGACCUGUACAAGCGCGUGAUGGACAAGCUGCGGCAGAACCGCCUCGAGUUCCAGAAGGAGCGGGAGGCCACGCAGGAGCUCAUCGAGGACUUGCGGAAGGAGCUGGAGCACCUGCAGAUGUACAAGCUGGACUGCGAGCGGCCAGGCAGGGGCCGCAGCGCGUCCUCCGGCCUGGGCGAGUUCAACGCCAGGGCCCGCGAGGUGGAGCUGGAGCACGAGAUCAAGCGGCUCAAGCAGGAGAACCAUAAGCUGAGGGAUCAGAACGACGACUUGAACGGGCAGAUCUUGAGCCUCAGCCUCUACGAAGCGAAGAGCCUCUUUGCCACCCAGACCAAAGCACAGUCCUUGGCUUCGGAAAUCGACACGGCCUCGCGGGACGAGCUCAUGGAAGCCCUCAAGGAACAGGAGGAGAUCAACUUCCGGCUGCGGCAGUACAUGGACAAGAUCAUCCUCGCCAUCCUGGACCACAACCCCUCCAUCCUCGAGAUCAAACACUGAGGCGGGGCUGGCUGCAGAGCCGCCUGGGACCAAAGGGCAGACCCUGCCUGAGGAUGCGGCCCCAGCCGGGCCCCCCCACACCGAAAGUGUAUCUGGCCACCGUGUCAGGGUGCUGGUGUGGAGGUGGGACGCUGAGCACCCAGCGCGGGUGAGCGCGGGGCCGGGCUGGGGUGACGGCGCCUUUGGCUGUCCAUGUGCACUUUGUGGUCCCUCUGCAGGGGCAGAGCGUCCUGGGGGUGCGGGGGGCCGGGGGCAGGUCUCUGCAAUCAGGAGUGACUGUAACAGCGAGAACUGGAAGCUUGUGUUGCAGAUACUGGAUAAAAUGAUGCUACCUCUGUGGGUGACGGUCAAGUCCUCUGGGGAGACCGCUCUUUCUCCCGCCCAUUCCUCCUGGGAGGAGGAGCCCAGUGAUGACCUUUUCUAGUUUGAAUGUCCAACGGGGUCGGCCUCGCCAGCCUCUGUAGCCACCUUUGAAGUCCAAGUGCUGGAGCUCAGAGAGGAGGAAGUGGCGUUUAGGGGGACAUGAAGAGGGGCUUCCACCAGCCCCCCCUCCCCAUGCUGCUUGGGCGCCGUGUGUCCAAGGACUCGGCUUGCUGCCGAGCCACCUUCAUUCUGAGAAUCCUCCGUGUCUCUACCGUCCCUGCUUACCUACCUCUCCCUCCCGUGUUCGUUUUGUUUUAAGACCAUGAACAUAAGCAGCCUUCGCUCGGCUGUAACGUGCAGGGAUUAAAGGAAGGAGAAGGAGCAGGAGGCUGAGGGACGGGGCGCUCCAGGCAGGUGUUGGCAUCAGGCAACCAAAGACGGGGUUUUCGGGGAGCACGCUCGCCUCCCCACCGGCUUCCUCCCGCUGGCCACACCUGGGAUAAGAAGCUGGGAUGGACGUCAGCUGCUGCUGGGCCGGCAGGGGGCCUGCUCACCGCCCUGCCUUCUCCGCAGCCUGAAGCCUGGGGAUGCAGCUGGGGGCGCGGAUGUGCAGGGCCAGGC